UGUCUACUCUCUAAGUGAAGGCAGAUCAGAGCUAGCGAUACCUCCCUGGAACUUUUCUUCAGAUGGAUUGCAAAGUUUGAGGAUUGAUUUUUCUCUCAUAUCAAGACCAGCGUUCUGGAUUUAAAUUUAACCCAACUGACUCUGACUUUUCUUCAACGCAAAAAUGGAUGUCUCAUUUUCGCCUGACAAUCAAACUUUUUUCGAUGAGCAUUUUUACGUCGGGGGGAAACCACAGUGCGUUCAGCAUCACCGUUGCGAUCUUGUACCUCAUUGUAUGUAUCAUGGGUCUAGCCGGGAACAUUUUGGUCAUAACCGCCAUUUUGAAACUAGACAAGCUUUCCUCUUCGACAACGGUGUAUAUUUUCAACUUGGCGGUCGCCGACGGACUUUUCAUGGUCGGACUACCUUUCAUCGCCAGCCAAAACUUCCAAAAUGCAUGGAUGUUUGGGGACAUCGCUUGCAAGAUCGUCAUGGUGCUGGACGGCAUCAACCAAUUCACGAGCGUCUUCUGUCUUACCGUGAUGAGCGUUGAUCGGUAUUUGGCGCUAUCAAACCCUCUACGGUUUGCCAGCUGGAGGACUCCGCGUUUCGCCAAAAUCGUUUCGGCGAUUUUGUGGUUCUUCUCGCUGCUCACGAUUCUCCCGAUGGCGUUGCACUUCACCGCCGAGCAAGGACAGUGCAUGCCGGAACUAGCUUCUGACGCAUGGUGGCUGGGCGUUCUCUCUUAUACCUUCGUGAUGGGGUUCGCGUUGCCGUUCACGGUCAUGACUGCUUCCUACACGGCGCUGAUAUGCACCUUCAGAUCGCAGCGUCUCCGAGCAACUUCGCUGAAUCAGGAAAGUCAACGGAUGGAGCGGCAAGUUACGAAAAUGGUAGUCGUCGUGGUAGUUGUUUUCGGGAUUUGUUGGUUGCCGUUUUACACCUUUAACUUCUGCUCGCUGUAUCAGGUUGGACUGGUGCAAAAUUUCACCAGAGCUUUCGAAGUGGUGGUGCUUUUGUCGUACUCCUGGAGUUGCGCUAACCCCAUCCUCUACGCGUGCCUCUCAGACACGUUUCGGCGUCACUUCCGAGCGCUCCUCUGUCCGGGUCAUAAGUCAUCUCCCACAGUGCAAUGCAACACGGAACAUUAUGACCUGAAUGACACACACCUACCGGAUAUUACCAUUCUUUCAUAGACUGUAAGAGACUAAAUAUAAAUUGUUGUAUAGAUAUUCUUUAUUUGGCUACUGCAACUAGGGAGGUGUAGUACUACUCACAAUACACCGCCUUGCAGUAAUUGUAGUAUUUGUAUAUAGCAUUUUUGUGAAAUAUUUAAAUGUAUAGCACAAGUUAUCAU